CUCUUGGCACAGAGCACAGAGAGUCAAGUCAAGGAGGAGUCCAGCCACAUCCAGCUAUAAAUGCCAGAGGCACACGCCAAACGGUAAUUAGUUCUCCACUCAAGGGACAAUCAUGAGCAUCUGCACCUGCAUCUCCAUCUGCGCUUUGCAGCUCGCAUUCAUCCUCUGUGUGAGCCAGGCAGCCACCAUCCUGCACGGCAAUGGACACACAGCCAGCGCCAUCUCCCACCAGAGCUUCACGCGACUCGCCCCAGCAAAGCCAUCGCUAAUCCUCCGGCCACAACAUCUGGUGGAACAGCCAACAGUGCGCAAGGAGGAGCAACCUCAGCUCGUGUCCGGACUGAGCCGGACCCCUGCACAUCUCACGUACUCCGCACGGCCAGUGGUCCACCAGAUGCUGCCGCGGAUUAAGCCAGUGCGGAACAUAAGCUAUGAGUCUCUUAUCCCCGGACCACGCAGCCUCACGGCUCAUACGGGAAUGUACGAGCAGCAGGAGGAGCAGGAGGAGGAGCCCCACCAGAACCUACGACUGCUCUCAUCGCCAGUGUAGAGACCGACGCUUCCCCUGUCAACACUCCCUUUUAUGUUACAUUUUUACACGCAUUAAUU